AUGGCCGAACCUCGAUCUGCAAGAGCGAUCUUUUGCAGAGGUAUCCAGCGGCCGUUGUGGGUUUUGAUUGUGAUGUUUGGUAUCCUAAACCUCCUCGCUCUCUUAGCCAAGAACUUCAAGGCCCACCUCCAAGACCUUGAGCUAAUCACCUACCCUUCCAAGCAAUCCCCAUACUCAAACUGGUCUACGCACGGCGUCACUCCAGUCCGCUGCCACAGCCAUAACGAUCACUGGCGCCACGUGCCCCUCCACUCAGCACUCUCGGCGGGAUGUAUCAGCGUCGAGGUUGACAUCUGGCCAUGGCGUGAUGAGAUACUUGUUGGGCAUUCGAAACACACAGUGCUACGUGGAUCCUUGAAAAGUCUCUAUCUGGACCCUCUGGUCACGAUGCUUGAUAUGCAUAACCAUCCUUCGAGUAGUGAGGUUCCAGAUGGUGAAAAUAUGGAUGACAACAAGGAUGGUAACAAGGUUGACAUCUUCGGCGUGUUCGCAAAUGAUCCAACACAAACCCUCGUUUUACUUGUUGAUUCCAAAGCCGACGGCGAUGCACUCUGGCCGCUUCUCUUGGAAGCGCUUGCGCCACUUCGGGAGAGGGGGUAUUUGACGCAUUUCAAUGAGAGCGCUGGUGGUGUGUCCAUGCGGCCUAUUACGGUCGUGGCCAGUGGUAAUAUUUCAUUUUCGGAUGUGCUGUCAAGUGCGACGUAUCGGGAUGUCUUCUUUGAUGCACCGCUUGAUCACCUCACGCAAUUCACGGUGGAUGAAACAGUAAAUCGAACUACAACUGUGCACAAUGACCCAAAUGCACGACUUCUGGGUUCACCUUUCAACCCGAAUAACAGUUAUUACGCUUCUGUCGACUUCCGCAAAGCAAUCGGGUCUCUCCAGUUGGGUCGAUUCUCAGAUACACAGCUCCAAACGCUCCGGGGUCAAGUCCAGGCUGCCCAUGAACUAGGGUUGAAGGUUCGAUACUGGGGAAAUCCGAGUUGGCCUAUUGGACUCAGGAACCUUGUGUGGGACUUUCUCUUGAGUGAGGAUGUUGAUGUCAUUAGUACUGAUGAUUUGAAGGGGGCCACGAGGCAGGUUUGGUGGCAUAGUUCUUGGUGGUCGUGGUAG